AUGGCCCGCCAGGACGCCGCCGCACUUGCGCUGGUCCUCGUGCUCCUGGAGGUGGCCCUGGCCGGGGUAGAGGCUCAGGGAGCAGCCUUAGAGGACCCCGACUACUACGUGCAGGAGAUCUGGAGCCGGGAGCCCUACUAUGCGCGCCCGGAGCCGGAGCCCGAGUCCUUCCCACCGCCGCUGCCCGCGGGGGCCGGGGAGGAGGCGCAGGAUCUGCGCCCGUCCGAGCCCAGGACGCCCAAGAAGGCGACCAAGCCCAAGAAAGCUCCCAAGAGGGAGAAGUUGGCUCCGGAGACGCCUCCACCAGGUAAAAAUAGCAACAGAAAAGGCGUGAGAGGCAAGAGCUCUGAGAGGGCUGCCAAUGAUGAUCACAGUGUCCCCGUGGCCCACGGUGAUGUCAGAGAGGAUUGCCCACCUCUUGGCCUGGAAACCUUAAAGAUCACAGACUUCCAGCUCCACGCGUCCACAGUGAAGCGCUACGGCCUGGGGGCGCAUCGAGGGCGACUCAACAUCCAGGCAGGCAUCAAUGAAAAUGACUUUUACGACGGGGCGUGGUGCGCGGGAAGAAACGACCUCCACCAGUGGAUUGAAGUGGACGCCCGGCGGCUGACCAGGUUCACCGGUGUCAUCACUCAGGGGAGGAACUCACUGUGGCUGAGUGACUGGGUGACCUCUUAUAAGGUCAUGGUGAGCAAUGACAGCCACACGUGGGUCACUGUGAAGAAUGGAUCUGGAGACAUGAUAUUUGAAGGGAACAGUGAAAAGGAGACCCCCGUUCUCAACGAGCUGCCCGUGCCCAUGGUGGCGCGCUACAUCCGCAUCAACCCGCAGUCCUGGUUCGACAACGGGAGUGUCUGCCUGCGGAUGGAGGUCCUUGGCUGCCCGUUGCCCGAUCCAAACAACUAUUAUCACCGGCGGAAUGAGAUGACCACCACGGACGACCUGGACUUCAGGCACCACAACUACAAGGAAAUGCGCCAGUUGAUGAAAGCCGUGAGUGAAAUGUGCCCCAACAUCACCAGAAUUUACAACAUUGGCAAGAGCCACCAGGGCCUGAAGCUGUACGCUGUGGAGAUCUCCGACCACCCCGGGGAGCACGAAGUCGGUGAGCCCGAGUUCCACUACAUCGCGGGGGCCCACGGCAACGAGGUGCUGGGCCGCGAGCUGCUGCUGCUGCUGGUGCAGUUCCUGUGCCAGGAGUACCUGGCCGGCAAUGCGCGCAUCGUCCGUCUGGUGGAGGAGACGCGCAUUCACAUCGUGCCCUCCCUCAACCCCGACGGCUACGAGAAGGCCUACGAAGGGGGCUCGGAGCUGGGAGGCUGGUCCCUGGGACGCUGGACCCAUGAUGGCAUUGAUAUCAACAACAACUUUCCUGACCUCAACACGCUGCUCUGGGAGGCAGAGGACCGACAGAACACCCCAAGGAAAGUCCCCAACCACUACAUUGCCAUCCCCGAGUGGUUUCUGUCUGAGAACGCCACGGUGGCGGUGGAGACCAGGGCCGUCAUCGCCUGGAUGGAGAAGAUCCCCUUCGUGCUGGGCGGCAACCUGCAGGGGGGCGAGCUGGUGGUGGCCUACCCCUACGACAUGGUGAGGUCCCUGUGGAGGACGCAGGAGCGCACGCCCACCCCCGACGACCACGUGUUCCGCUGGCUGGCCUACUCCUACGCCUCCACGCAUCGCCUCAUGACCGACACCAGGAGGAGGGUGUGCCACACGGAGGACUUCCAGAAGGAGGACGGGACUGUCAACGGGGCUUCCUGGCACACUGCGGCCGGAAGUCUCAACGAUUUCAGCUACCUUCAUACCAACUGCUUCGAGCUGUCCAUCUACGUGGGCUGUGACAAAUUCCCGCACGAGAGCCAGCUGCCCGAGGAGUGGGAGAAUAACCGAGAAUCCUUAAUCGUGUUCAUGGAGCAGGUACAUCGUGGCAUCAAAGGCGUGGUGAGGGAUUUACAUGGAAGAGGAAUCCCAGAUGCCAUCAUCUCCGUAGAAGGCAUCAACCACGACAUCCGAACAGCCAGCGAUGGGGAUUACUGGCGUCUCCUGAACCCCGGAGAGUACGUGGUCACGGCCAAGGCAGAAGGCUUCACCUCGUCCACCAAGAACUGCAUGGUUGGCUAUGACAUGGGCGCCACGCAGUGCAACUUCACGCUCAGCAAAACCAACCUGGCCAGGAUCCGAGAGAUCAUGGAGAAGUUCGGGAAGCAGCCCGUCAGCGUGCCAGCCCGGCAGAUGAAGCUGCGGGGGCGGAAGAGACGGCAGCGUGGGUGACCUCCCAACGCUUGAGCCGCCUCCAGACCCCCCGGCAGAUUAAACCGCCCCGGUCAUAGCUCCCUAGAGGACGUGCUCCCUGUUGUUCGCUCUGUAACGCAAGAAGGCCUGGGAGAAUGGGUGUGCUGCAAGUCUGGUCCCAGGGGAGGGCUGCAGGCUCGGGGUCUUUUCUUUUCCUUGUUCCCAUGUAUCCAAAUAACUUGGGCAGAACAGCAGAGAAAGGCUGGUAGGAGUGAGCGAAUUCAGCAAGUCAAGCAGAAUGAGAGAGAGGAAGUCGCCUGCUCCGGGGCUCCUGGCUGUGCAGGAGGGGGAUCCGGUGCUGCCCCAGGUCGCGUGACAGCAGGUUCCCCGUGCAUCUGCAGCAUGCAUGGCUGACAUUGCUGUAUUCCUGGGGCCCUGCUGUCCCCAGUGU